AUGAGAUACUUAGGGGUGACCCUCGAUCCAGGUCUGACAUGGAUUCCACACUUAAACGAUAUUAGAGACAGAAUUACAGGUUUUAAUCAGGGAAUUAGGAGAGUCGCCAGAGCUACAUGGGGUCUCAGACCACAAUUGUUGAAACGCAUAUAUCUCCAGGCAAGUGAAAGAAUUAUACUUUACGCCGCCAGUGUCUGGUACAGAAAUACUAGGAGAAUUAACGAAAAAUUAAACAGUAUCCAGCGAAUACCACUCUUAACCAUCACGAAGGCCUAUGCUACAACGAGCACAGAGGCAAUCCAGAUACUGGCGGGUGUUAUGCCAAUUGGUUUGAAAAUCGUGGAGGACAUCUUUUGCAAAAGGGUGAAGUGGGGCUGGAGACUCGAGGACAUAAAUUAUACUCUACCAAUUGAUCUUGAUCAUAACAUAGAUUUCGAGAAACCAGCCCUAGGGCAUCCUUCAGAUUACAUUGCUUUGCCCUGGGGAUAUAGCAGCCCUAAAGAUCAGGGAGUGGAGAUCUACACUGAUGGCUCUCGGAUGGAGGCAGAUUAUCCGAAUAAAUUCAGGACUUCACACGCAAUGAUAGUUAAGAACAACGGUAUCACGAUUUUCAAAGCCUCCACCAGAGUCACUGAUAACACCAACAUAUUUAUUGCAGAGCUUUUGGCAAUCAAGUCUGCCCUGAUAUGGCUACGUCAACAUGAUAUUACACAUGCAACGAUUUUUUCAGACUCACUAUCAUCCCUCCAGGCCCUGGCUGACCCAGAACCCAGUUCCAAACUCAUAGAAGAGAUCAAAAAAAUUUGGAAUAAGAACACUAUUUUGAACUGGGUAAAAGCACAUGUGGGGAUCCAGGGCAAUGAGGAGGCAGACAGGGCAGCAAAGGAAGCCAUUGGUUCUGACAGUGUGGAUCUCCAGGUUCUGAAGACCCCCAAACAAGCUAAAACCGAAAUCAAACAAUAUUUAAUGGCAAGGUGGAAAACCAAUUGGGAAAAUUCUGAGAAAGGGUCUGUUGACCUUAUAAAUGAUCCAUUGUAUUUGGCGUAUGGGCCUAUUGGCCUAGGCCGCUGUAUAUAUAAUAAAUUCUCUUUAGCCCUGCUAUUUACCCAGCUUGCUCAGAUUACGGAGGAUAUGAUAACACAUAAUACUGUAAGUGCUGCUGUUAAUAAUAUAACAUCUGUUAUUCUCCAAGCGGCAGAAGAAAGCAUACCAAAGUCGUCAAAUUCGCUUCCUCGCCAACGCAAGCCGUGGUGGAAUGAGGAAUGCGCAGUUGCCUGCAAAGAAACUCCAGAGAAACAUCUUCCUCCGUUAUCCUAA